AUGGUCGGCUAUCUGGAUACAACACAUUUUGUAUCACCCGGUAGAGCUGUGCCAGUACUUACUACGACGACGGCUGCCACUUCUGCUGCUACUACUACUACUAUGACUUAUAAUAGUAGUACUAGAUCAUCAAGUCCUCAGAGUUUAUCCUCACCAAAUAAUUCAACUAAAAGUUCUAAUAAUAAUCAUAAUAAUAAUAGUCAUGGUAAAUGUCGACGGCAUACAACUUCAUCUUUUGCUAAUGGACAAUUGAAUGGUUUCAAUUUAGACAUGGAUUCUUUGUAUGCACCUUCAAUAGAACCAAGAAAUUUACUGGCAGAUUUAUUAGAAUAUUGUUCUGUUGUUAUGCAAGAUGCUAAAACUCAAGAAUCACUCAAUAGCUGUCACCUUUGCCUUAUUAUUAUUUGCUGUAUUACUCAGAAUCAGCUAGCCUGUUCCCUGUUACAUGAUAUUCAAACUAGCUUUAAAGUUAGAAUACAUAAAGCUCGUUCACGUAAAUCUGAUCCAAAGAACUACAAUGUUUUCACAAGUCGUCCAAUUGCUAUGGCUAUCUUAGACUUAAUGAUAGAAUUCGCUCAUGGACAUUUGAUGAAGAAGCUUCCACAUCGUUUAUACAGGUUAUGUUUAAUCAUCUGUCAGAAUUUAUUGUGCUAUCAAAGAGCUCACAAAAUUCGUUUAGAAUUCGAUUGGAAAUCAUUAUGGACAGUUAUUCUGAGUUUGCUGAAAUUUAUUCUCAACUUAGAUUCUAGCAAUCUAUCUCUACCUGAUGCUCUCAGGCUUAUUGAAAAGGCUCUUCAAAUUUUCAAUCUCUUCAUUCUUCAUGGAGAUGGAUUCCUCCAAUCAGCUGAUGUUUAUGAUAAUUUAUAUUACGAGUUAAUACGUAUGCAUUUGCUAGUUGAAAAUCUUUAUGAAUACUGUUUACAACAUUCAACUAGUUCUGUUACUGAAGUGAAAGAGAUCGCCUCAUCAGUUGUCCUUCAGUUAAGUACUUUGAGGGCAAUCGUAAAUCAUUUCAAUGCGAAAAUAGCUGCUUUCUCUACAUCAAAUAAUUUGACCUCAUUAACAGAAAAUCAGGUUUUAGAAAUUGUUCGAGAGAAUUAUGAUUCACUUACACUACGAUUUUUAGAAGAUUUAGAUACAAUUGAAGAAUAUGAAUGUGAUAAUGAAGAUGCACUAAUGUUUCAUACAAUUGUUGAAUCAAUUUCCAAACAAAUUCGUAAGGAUUGCCUUGAAUCGAGUUUACAAAUACAAAAUCAACUGCACGAAUUAUCUGCAAUUCCCUAGUAUUACAAGUUUGUCGGAUAAUAUUUUUGAAAGACAAUGCUGCACCUGUAAAUGUAAACAUAUUUUUGAAAAUAGGCUAACAGCCAGCCAUUAAGGUGAUUGAUAUUCCUUUUCAUUGCUUCUUUGAUUUUGUGAAAAGUCUUUCAUCAUCAUGAGUUGUGUUUUUUUUCUUCUUUUUAUCCCCACUUUAUUUUGUCGCUUUU